AACUGUUCCCACUUCAACUAGUUUCGCUAAACAGCUGAUAUUCAGCUAUUUUGACAUUUUGGACAAGCAAUUUUAUAUACACAUAGAUUUUAAGGGCCACGACAAAUUCUGAGUGCUUUACAGUUCACACCCUUCACCUGCUCGUAUGGAAAUCACGAACCAGUCGAAAGCUACUUCGCCCCACUUACCCACCGCAAUCUUCGUUGCCGAUCUUCACGUUUUCUUAUUUGCAACCCACAACGGUGUGGCGAUACAAAUCGGGCUAUAAUCUUUAGUCAACACGGACGGUAACACACAAAAUUUGUUUGAGCGUUUCUGUCGCCCGGUUGAAAUUCUGCUAAACGUCAUCAAAACUUAUUACCUAAUCGAAAGAAACAUGUCUGUGUUCGAAAGUGUAGAAAAAGGGCCAGCCAUUGAAGUGUUUGCACUGAAUCGUGCUUUCCUGGAUGAUACUGCUACCAAAAAGGCUAAUCUAGCUAUAGGUGCUUACCGCACGAAUGAGGGUAAGCCAUGGGUCUUUCCGGUGGUGCGUAAAACAGAGAUUAAAAUUGCCAGCGAUGAUACAAUCAAUCACGAAUAUCUACCAGUAUUGGGCAAUGAUGCAUUUACAAAGGCCGCCGUAGGCUUAUUGUUGGGUGAGAAUUCAGCCGCUAUUGCUGAAAAGCGCGCUAUUGGCAUUCAGACACUCUCCGGCACAGGCGCUCUACGUAUUGGUGCACAAUUUCUGCGUGUCAUUCUUGAUCGCCGCGUAGCUUAUUAUUCAAAUCCCACAUGGGAGAAUCAUCAUAAAGUAUUUUUGGAUGCUGGUUUUGAAACACUACGCUCCUACCGUUAUUGGGAUCAAGAGAAACGUAAAAUUGAUUUCGAGGGUCUUUUAGCUGAUUUGGAGGCGGCGCCUGAGGGUGCUGUUAUCAUAUUACACGCCUGCGCACACAAUCCCACCGGCUAUGAUCCAACACAAGAACAAUGGAAACAAAUUGCCGAUGUUAUGGAACGCAAGAAACUGUACCCAUUCUUAGAUUCGGCUUAUCAAGGUUUUGCCAGCGGUGAUCCAGGGAAAGAUGCUUGGGCUGUGCGUUAUUUUGUGGAUCGUGGCUUUGAGCUGUUCGUUGCACAAUCCUUUGCCAAGAACUUUGGUCUUUAUUGUGAGCGUGUUGGUAACUUGACAGUGGUGCAACGUAAUGCUGCUUCUUCGGAAGCUGUUGCUUCCCAAUUCACUCUGUUGGUGCGUGGCAUGUACUCAAAUCCACCAGCCUUUGGCAGUCGUAUUGUCGCAACAAUUUUGAACACCCCGGAAUUGCGUAAGGAAUGGAUGGAAUGCAUUGAAACGAUGUCUGGACGCAUCAUCAAAAUGCGCAAAGCUCUCUUCGAACGUCUUACAGAACUGCAAACCCCCGGCACUUGGGAUCACAUUGUUUCCCAAAUCGGCAUGUUCUCCUACACAGGCUUGAAUGAGAAACAAGUACGCGUGCUCAUCGAUGAAUUCCAUAUUUAUUUGCUGAAAUCCGGACGCAUCAAUAUGUGUGGUCUCAAUGAGAAUAAUGUCGAUUAUGUUGCACAAGCCAUACACACGGCUGUAACAAAAGCUUAAAAUAAUAUGGUAUAUAACAAAAAUUUGAUACAAGCAUUUACAAAUGCAUUACAAAAGCAAACAAGAAGUGACAAGAAUUAUAGAAACUGCGAAGAUAGUUGGUGACUUAGUAAAUUUAUUGUUUGCAAACAAAAUGGCAAUAUUUAAAGGCUUUCAAACGUGUACACAUAAAUCUUAUUAGGGAAUGUUUAUACGUUAUAUAAGUAUAUACAAAUAUACACAUGUAUAUGCAUAAGAGAUGCUAUAGAUAUAUAUAUAUAUAUACAUAUGUACAUGAAUGCAUAGUCAACAUGUCCAGUAUCAAGCGAAUUACAAUAAUAAAAUAUAUAACUAACAAACCUCCUCUCCCCACUGAGCAUACCAAAAGAAAAAAAAACCCUAAGUAAUCAGCAGAAUUUAUUUUGUAUUAGUAAUGCAGUAAAUGCAGAACCGAAAAACAAAGUAAAAUACAAA